AUGGCUGAUAUCAGAUAUAUCUUUAUCGUUGAGUGGUUUGAUACCGCUGCAUCACUUAUAAGAACCUAUUACUUGACAUACUUCACUCAAGAUAAAACAAUUGAGAUGUAUGACUUGAAGAAUAAAAAAGUAUUUUUGAAGAGAUGCGAAUAUGCUAUUAAAGAUUCUGAUUUAUAUAUUGGAUCUAUUUUAAACGUUUAUUCCAGAUAGCUCAAGAUCGUUGAUUUUGCAGAUGUCUUUACAAGAUCUAAAUUUCAAAACAUCAAAGAAAAGACUUUUGCAAUGAUUAAACCUGAUGCUUACAUUCACAUUGGAAAAAUUAUUUCAAUAAUUGAAAGAUCUGGCUUAUAAAUAUCAAACUUAAAGAUGACAAAAAUGUCUUAAGAAGAUGCAAGAGAAUUCUAUGGCGAGCAUAAAGGAAAGCCUUUUUAUGAUGGAUUAGUAAACUUCAUGAGUAGCGAUUUAAUUGUUGGUAUGGAAUUAGUUGGUGAUAAUGCCAUUAAGAGAUGGAGAGAAUUACUUGGCCCAACAAAUACAUUAGUUGCAAGAGAAUAAGCCCCAAAUAGCAUUAGAGGUCUCUUUGGUACUGAUGGUACCAGAAAUGCUUGCCAUGGAUCAGACUCUCCUGGAAGUGCUUUCAGAGAACUCAAUUUCUUCUUUGCUAAAACUUCUAAACUAAAAACUUAAGCCUUCUUCAAUUAAUGUACUUGCUGUGUUAUCAAGCCUCAUAUAGUAAAAUAAAAUUAAGUUGGUGAAGUUAUUGAUAUGAUACUCUCUGAAGGAUUUGAAAUUUCUGCACUUUAAACAUUCUUCCUUGAUCGUCCUACUGCUGAAGAAUUUUAUGAAGUUUACAAAGGUGUUUUACCUGAAUUCAAUGCUAUUGCUGAACAUUUAACUUCUGGUAUGUGCUAUGCUUUAGAAGUAAGAUAAGAAAAUGCAGUUAAAUCUUUUAGAGAUAUUGCAGGUCCUCACGAUCCAGAAAUUGCAAAGGUAAUUAGACCAAACACUAUUAGAGCAAGAUUUGGUAUUGAUAGAGUUAAAAAUGGAAUCCACUGCACUGAUUUAGAAGAUGAUGGUGUAUUAGAAGUAGAAUAUUUCUUCAAUGCCUUACAGAACUGA